AACCCCUGGAGGCGAGCGGCUCAUUCGAUCGGCAAACGCGUUAGCGAAACCAUUUCAGCCUUAAACGCUAAAAUAACUUAACAAUUUAAACCAAAAUCUCCCACCAUGGAUAUAGUACAAAAGUCAAUCUUCAACAGAGGAAUAUACGAGCCGCCAGCCGGCUACUAUACGCCGUACAACACUCCGCCGUAUAUAACACAUUACCCGGAUUCCGGUAACUGGCUAUUGGAGCAUCAGAAUCAACAGCAGAUGCAGCACAUUCGGUUCCCCACACCGCCCAUAACUCCGCCGCGUCCCAUUGCCGGAUACGGUCUCGGCCACUUGGCCAGCUCACCAGUCGCCGACCAGCUCCACCAUCGUCGCACCCAGUCGGUGAUCAUGAAGGCCCAGCACAGCCAACAGGAUGACCUGUGUCCCAGGAGUCCCCUGGAGUCGCAGGACGAUAUCAAGUCCUGCAGCAGCGGCAGCGAGUGCGGAACCACCAAUGAUUUCGUCUGCAACUGGCUCGACUGCGAUAGAAUUUUCGACACACUUGAGGCUUUGGCCCAGCACGUCACCCAGAGGCAUGCGAUUGCCUCGCUCACCGAUGGACUUUACUACUGCCGCUGGCGAGGAUGCCAGCGCAGUGAUCGUGGCUUCAACGCCCGCUACAAGAUGCUCGUCCACACCCGCACCCACACCAAGGAGAAGCCCCACCGCUGCCACCUGUGCGACAAGUCCUUCUCGCGGGCGGAGAACCUCAAGAUCCACAUCCGUUCGCACUCGGGCGAGAAGCCGUACAAGUGCAGCUUCGAGGGCUGCCAGAAGGCGUACUCCAACUCCUCGGACCGCUUCAAGCACACCCGCACCCACUCGAUGGAGAAGCCGUACAUGUGCAAGGUCACGGGCUGCCAGAAGCGCUACACAGAUCCCUCCUCGCUACGCAAGCACGUGAAGACCUUCAAGCACAGCAUCCAUCUGAUCGCCAGCCAGCCCCUGACCCUGCCCAGUGCCCCCGCCUGCUUGCUGGACGCCAGCAGCGAGUCCGCCUUCACCUGCCUGCCCGCUGUCGGCAGUGUGGAAUCCACCACGUCCUCCUCCUCGUCAUCGUCCGCCUCCGCCCGCUACUACCUGGACGACUCCAACAAUGAGCCGAGUGACUAUUCGCUGAAGCCCAAACCGGGUGCGGAAUAUUCCCCCAGCUACUGGCUGAAUGAGAGACAGCAUAGCUACCUGCCGAGCGAGGACUUCUACGUGAAGAUGGACGUAGAGUCGCCCCUGGACCUACGCAUGCACAGAUUUUAAACUGACCUUUGGAUGGGUCAAUCCGUCUCUCGUCACGUCUCGUCUCUCUAUUUCCCGUCUAGUCAUUGUGCUGUUCCAGCACUGGUCACUACUCCUAGAUUAAUGUUUAACCAGAAUAAAGACUGUUGUAAUUGAAA